AUGAAGUUUGUCCCUUCCGCCGCUCCGUCCGUCCCCACGGCAACGGCCCCCGGCAACAUGGCGGCCGCCAGCAGCCCCAGCGUCUUCAUGGUGGCCGUCAACGGGCAGAUCGAAAGCGGGCAGUUCCCCGGGUUCGACGACCUCUACUGCAAGUUCUGCUUCGUCUACGGCCAGGACUGGGUUCCGGCGGCGGGCCUGGAGGAGGGCAUCUCCCAGAUCACCUCCAAGAGCGACGUCGCACCCACCACCUUCGUCUGGAACUUCCCCAUCGACAUCACCUUCAAGAGCACCAACCCGUCCGGCUGGCCGCAGAUUGUAGUGAGCGUCUAUGGACCUGAUUUCUUCGGAAAUGAUGUGGUCAGAGGUUAUGGAGCCGUUCACAUUCCCUUCACGCCGGGAAGGCAUAAAAGAACCAUUGCUAUGUUUGUUCCGGAGUCCACAUCCAAGCUGCAGAAGUUUACAAGUUGGUUCACAGGGAGACGUCCAGAAUUUACUGAUCCAAAAGUGGUAGCACGGGGAGAAGGAAGAGAAGUAACGAGGGUACGAUCUCAAGGCUUUGUCACCAUUUCCUUCAACGUCGUGACUAAAGAUAUGAAGAAGCUGGGCUAUGAUGUGAGCCCAAGCGACAUGCAGAACCCCUGCCUGGUGCCUGCUACAGAAAGGAUUCAUAAGUACUGAACUCAGGAGUGAGAUGGUCAAAGGUACACACAGAAGUUAAGCACCGGGGAUUCGUUUUGGUUUUCUGUUUCCUUCAAAUGGAAAAUGAGCAUCUGACUCAAUUGAGAACAUUUUACCUGACCUUCAUUCUAAAAACAGAACACUAACCCAUAAGGCUUUGGAGUAAUUAUGUAGAAUAUUAUUCUUUCAGAAGGAUACAGGUUGAGAAAACAUAUAAAUUAAUGCUGUCAGAUCUGUUUAGCAUUGUAUGGGAACUGUUGAUCAGGUCUGAACCUCUGAUUGACCACCUGAGGCAAGCCAUGAGCUGCAGAGCACAGGUGAAGGCAGUUCUCCUGUACUACCAGAAGGGGUGGAGCCUGGCUCCACCUCUCCUGGAUCCCAUUUAAGUGCUGACUGCCGCUGAGGAAGGAUCUUUGUGGAGAUUGCUCCCCUUGGAGUUUAUUGCGAGCCUACAACAAAGGUGAGCAUUUUUCAUUUAUUAUCUUUCUACUGCGAUAAUCCUGCUUAGCCUCACCUCUGUACACCCAUUGAUUGUGUAUCUCUGUACACCCAUUGACUGUACAAGCAUUUCUAUGCAUAAUAUUGGACUAUCUCAGAAGAAGACCUGCCAAGUAUUUUUGUAACAGCCUUUUUUACUAUCUUUUUGUAUUUCAAGAAUAGGAAGAUUUGUGGUUGUACUAAUUUUCCUUUGUUGAAAACAUCAGUGCAAUCCCAGUUGUUUUUACUAAUAAUGCUGUGGUAGAAGUGGGAAAUCAUUGAAAUUAGAGUGCUUUCCAAAGAAGAAGGCAGUAUGGAAACGUUGCAGUGAGACACACGCUUUUCUCUGUGCCACACACUUCUGUCUGCAAAAGCCACAGCAGGUAUCUUUGUAAUCCCAUGUAGUACUUAGCUGGUGCAACUAAAUAAAGUAAAACAGUUGUGCACUAGAAACCAACCCUUCCACAUUUUUAGUGGGUUUUUGUACUUCAGAACAAGAUGAUGACUCUUUCAUUUCCAGGUUCUAUUUCUGCAUCAAGCUGCAGGAGGGGGGGGAAAAAAAAAAGACAGCUUAUUUUACAAGUGUUAGAGAACGUGGUGUUAAAUAUAUGCCUGCUGCAUGCUUUUAACUUCUGAGAGAACAAACAGAAUUUAAUGUGCAGAUAUUGACUAAAAAGAUAAACCUUGGAGAAGGAUUUGAAAUGAAGUUGCAGUCUCAGCCAACCAAUCACGUGUGCUGUAUUUAGCUCCAAGUCACACUGGUUACCUGAGGCACUGUGCUGUACAGGACAGUCAGGAGUAGCAGAAAAGACCACAUUUGCUUAAGAUGGUCUCUCCAGGCCAGCAGAUCUUGGUGUUUCACACUAGCCAAGGUUCUAAGCUGCAUGCAACAUUUUUUAACAGCCUUCUGCCAAAAUAAUCAUUCAGGUGACACACUGUUGUGUCAGUAUGGAUUCAAAGAAGAGAGAUAGAGUGUGAGGAAGGUGCUUGUUUACACAGUUAAUGUUUGUGUUUGCUGUAACUAGGUUUUCUCACUGCAUAACCCAAAUGAAUGACCCAAACCAUGUUAUUUGUUACUGGUGUGUGUAGAAGAAAUGUCAGUCAGGGCCUGAAGCAGUGAUUGAGCACCUGGUGGGAAGGCAGGGCCAACCCAGGGGAGCUCAGGUGUGUGCAGUGCAUCUGAGUGGCUGGAAGGGGUGGAGCCAGGAUCCACCCCUUCUCACACCACAUUUAAGGGUUGGCAGUGGAAGCAAAGCUGUCUUACUGGAGAUUGCAGCCUACCUUCCAAUGGUAAGCAGCUUUUUUGUGGUUUCUGCAUCCUGUUCUGCUGUAUUUGGGGUUGUUCUCACUUGCUGAAGCCUGAGACUUUGCUACUUAGCUGUUAUUGCUGUACUUUCCAUCACAUUAUAGCGUUACAGUGCGUGACAGGAGCUCUGAAACUAUUCUCAAAUGCCUUCAGUGUGAGGGCACAAAGCUGCUCCUCAGUCUGAACAGCUUCUUUUCUGACAUCUUACCACAGCCUUUCACCGAAUCCUCCUAUGAGCUACUGUAAUGCUCUUCCUGUGGGCUGAACAAACCCUACUGUCUACAUGUUUUUGUUUCUGUCUUUCAGCUGCCUAGGUUUUGUUUCUGUUUGUGCCAGCAUGGAUGUUUCUAAGUCCUGAAUCAUCCAAGGUAUCAAUUGUACCUAUAAGAACAGCACAGAAGUACAUGCUGUGGUAAAAUUGACUAAUUGCCUAGUCAUCUUCAUAUUUACAUGUGGACAUGUAACCUCACGUGUUUUGAGUGAAUGUAUCUGGAGGUAACUGUGAGAAGGGCUUACAGUGAUACCACCCUGUAAGUGAUCUACCAGGACCUUGAAACUGUAGGAACAAAGAGCCUCCAGAACAAAUGCCAAGUAAAGCAGCCAAGUUAGAUGUGGUUAUUUCACACUGUGCUGUCACCAAAUAAAGAUAAUUUCUGAAACAAUAA